GGGUAAAAUAUGUCUACGAGCACACUUGAGCCCUUAAAAAUCCGACCAGUGUGGUUCAAAAUCAUAUAUUUCUUGUAUCUACAUUAUGGUACCAUUGUGGGUUUUUAUUACUUGUUUGCAAUAGCCCAGUGGAAAACAAUUUUGUGGACCUACUUGUUGCUACUCUCAGCCACUCAUGGAAUCGCAGUAGGCGCCCAUAGAUUAUGGGCCCAUAGGGCCUUCAAAGCCAAACUACCGUUGAGGGUACUUUUGGCGUUUGAUCAAACCAUGACGUUUCAGAACGAUAUUUAUGACUGGGUGCGUGACCAUAGAAUCCACCAUAAGUACUCUGAUACGGAGUAUGACCCCCAUAAUGCCUCAAGAGGGUUCUUUUACAGCCAUAUUGGAUGGUUGAUGGUCAAAAAAUCGGAUAAAGUUAUUUCAAAAGGGAAAGAAUUGGAUUUGAGCGAUUUGGAACGCGAUCCCGUGGUGUGGUACCAACGGAAGUACUAUUGGUACAUGGCCCCAUUUCUUGCAUUUGUCUUCCCGGCUUUAGUACCAUGGUACUUCUGGUCGGAACCCUUCAAAGUGUCAUGGUACAUUUGCAGUAUUUUUCGGGUGUGUAUAGUCCUUCAUGGUACGUGUCUGGUCAACAGUGCAGCCCAUAUUUGGGGUACCAAACCCUAUGACAAAAACAUUAAACCAGUGGAAACCGGAUGGGUGGCCCAUAUUAGUCAUGGUGAAGGGUUCCAUAAUUACCAUCACACCUUCCCUUGGGACCACAAAGCUGCCGAGUUGGGGUCAUACUACGGGAACUGGAAUACGGCCUUUAUUGAUUUUAUGGCUAAAAUUGGGUGGGCCUAUGACCUUAAAAGUGUCCCCCUGGACAUGGUCAAAAAACGGGGAGAGAGGACGGGAGAUGGUACCAAGGUGUGGGGGUGGGAGGAUAACGAUAUGAAUAAAGAAAAUAUUUGUAUGGCA